AUGUCUGCAGCACUGAGCUCGUCUCUCUACAUUUCCCCAAAGAAACCUCCAUGUCCACAACAAUCUCACUCCACAGUCUUAUCCACGAAACCCACCACCAUUAAAACCACUCUCCAAAGCCACCCUCUCUUCACUGUCGCCGAUCAGACCGUAACCCUCCAGAUGAAAGAGAAGAUCCUCUGUCUCGAGCUCAUGGGAAUUGACUCAGGCAAAGCCCUCUCUCUCAACCCUUCUAUCCGCUCAGCCUCUCUUGACUCAAUCGAAUCCGUCCUCCAUUUCCUUCAAUCAAAAGGAAUCUACCCAAAUGACCUCCCAAGGAUCUUGGGGAUGUGUCCAACGAUCCUAACUUCCGACAUCAGAACAGAACUCAACCCUGUCUUCAUGUUCCUGACGAGUGAUCUCAAUGUCCCUGAGAAUGAGUUCAGAAAAGUCAUCAAGAAAUGCCCAAGGCUCCUGAUUAGCAGUGUAGAAGACCAGCUCAAGCCUGCUCUUUUCUACUUGCAGAGACUUGGUUUCAAGGAUCUUGAUGCUCUUGCUUACCAAGAUCCUGUCUUGCUGGUGUCUAGUGUUGAACACACUCUCAUCCCAAAGCUUAGAUUCUUGGAGAGUAUAGGUUUCUCGAGAUCGGAAGCGAUUGGAAUGAUCCUUAGAUGUCCGGCUCUAUUCACAUUCAGCAUAGAGAACAACUUUAAACCAAAACUCGAUUACUUCAUGAGUGGGAUCAAAGGCAAACUGGAGAAUUUAAAGGAGUUUCCGCAGUAUUUUGCUUUCAGUCUAGAGAAGAGGAUAAAGCCGAGGCACUUGGAAUCGAUUGAGAGAGGUUUAGAGCUGCCAUUGUCAUUGAUGCUUAAGAGCACUGAUGAAGAGUUCGAGCAAUUGCUCCUGCUCACAAAGCCAUCUUCAGUUGCAAAUGUGUAA